CGUGGCUGGGAGCGACUGCUGGGUCUCCCGGCUCUGAGCGUAGACUCUUAGUCAAGAUGCCGAAGGGGAAGUCGGUGACCAGUGGCCGACGCCAAGAGCGUCGGGAGCAGAAGAGUACUGGCGGUGUCAUGUUUAAUACUGGACUUGGACAGCAUAUUUUGAAAAAUCCUCUCAUUGUCAAUAGCAUCAUUGAUAAGGCUGCCUUAAGACCAACAGAUGUGGUCUUAGAAGUUGGUCCUGGAACUGGAAACAUGACUGUGAAACUACUAGAAAAAGUUAAAAAGGUAGUUGCUUGUGAACUUGACCCAAGGCUAGUAGCUGAACUUCACAAAAGAGUUCAGGGAACGCCUCAGGCAAGCAAACUUCAAGUAAUGGUUGGUGAUGUGUUGAAAACCGACUUGCCAUUCUUUGAUGCAUGUGUGGCCAAUUUGCCUUAUCAGAUCUCUUCCCCAUUUGUCUUCAAACUGUUGCUGCAUAGACCAUUUUUUAGGUGUGCUGUACUUAUGUUCCAGAGAGAAUUUGCUCUCCGUUUGGUUGCAAAACCAGGAGACAAGUUGUACUGCAGACUUUCCAUUAAUACCCAAUUACUAGCACGAGUAGAUCACCUGAUGAAAAUUGGGAAGAAUAACUUCAGACCUCCACCAAAAGUUGAGUCAAGUGUGGUAAGGAUAGAACCUAAGAACCCACCACCACCCAUCAAUUUCCAGGAGUGGGAUGGUCUAGUGAGGAUAACAUUUGUGCGGAAAAACAAAACUCUGUCUGCAGCAUUUAAGUCGAGUGCAGUGCAACAGCUUUUGGAAAAAAAUUACCGAAUUCAUUGUUCAGUCCAUAAUAUUGCAAUACCAGAAGAUUUCAGCAUUGCAGAUAAAAUACAGAACAUCCUAACGGGUACAGAUUUUAGUGACAAACGGGCCCGUUCCAUGGACAUUGAUGACUUUAUUAGAUUGCUACAUGUGUUCAAUGCAGAAGGCAUCCAUUUUUCUUAGGCUGACUAAAAACAGGAUACUCUGAACUUUACAAGAAACUGUAAUUUUACUUUCUUGGAUUAUUGAUAAAAUGAAGAUGGUGAAUCUAUAUUUUUCACAAAGAUAACCACCAAACCACCUUGCAGAUUUUAUAACUAAAACUCAACUCUCAAUCUGAUGUUACUUUUUUUUUUUUUAAAGGGCAAAUUUCUCCUGUACUUUUUUUUAAAGGAUUAAGUCUUUAUGUAACUUUGGGCAUGGAGUGGCCAAGUCAUUGACCUUCCAGAUCAAAUACAGUUCUUUCCAAAAGUUAACAGCCGCAAUUACGCACAAACACCACAUGAAUCUUUUCACUUCUACCUGUUCACGUUCUAAAACCUCUCUUAUUUAUUGUGGUAAUCCUAUUUUUAGGGGCCAUUUCUUUUUUGUUUACUUAUUGGAAUAGAUGAGCUGUCUUUUAAAUAUAAGAUAAGCUUUUCUAUUAUUUUCUUUAUCCAGUCUUCUCCCAUUUAUUUAACAUUCAUCUUUCUUGUCAUGAACUUUUCUUUUUCAGUUAUUCAUUUGCAUCUAUCUGCCCUUAUCAUUGCAGUAGGUAGAAUGGUAUAUUAAGAGAAAUUUGGAUCCUAGGAUUAAUUCUCAGUUUAUCUCUGAUAAUGCAACACCUAUGUGACUUCAGGCAAGAUAUUUCAUUUUCUGGACCUCAAAUUUCCUCAUGGUCAAAUGAGGGAGGUUAAGAUUAGAAGAUCUAUAAGCUCUUUCCCAGAUAUGAAAUUUGCUGACUAAUCAGAAGUCUCACUGGUACGAUUAUCAAUCACCUCACAAAAAUUAUACCCUCUAAUGAUUUGGUUGUAUCUUUUAUAUACAUAUAAAAUAACAAAGAAAAUAAAACUCUACAAAUUUUGCUUGGUUUUGUUUUUUAACAUUCAAAGUACUAUAAAAUUAUCUUACAACUAGGAAAGACAAUUACUUGAUUUAAAAAAAAUUCUGUAAAGACAAUUUCAAAGGAUUAAGACUAAACCUGCUGUGAUUUCAUUAGUAUAGGAAAUGACUGAAUGAGGAAAGUCUCUUGCAAUUUUAAACAAUUUACAGUGCUUAGGACCAUUAGUUUAGUGGCCUUAAUGUAAAACUGCAUUAAGUGGAUCAUUGUUUAUGUUAUGAUACAGAAAAUAAAUCUAAAAUUUAGACUUUUUCACUUUUUAAUAUCUUAAUGGAAUCCCAAAAUAUUAUGUACUUUAUGUACAGUGUAGCAAAGUUUGGUCCCCUUACUUCCAACUGUCUUGAAUAAUCAACAUUUAUUUAUGGUGUCCAGAUUAAAUCUGCUUUUAUCAAACUAGCUCUUGGCUAGCCACGAGACAUUAACUGCCUUUAUGUUGGCAUAAACUGCAUGAAAAUUUUUGUAUGCCAGUUCUCAGAUUCUUAAUGUUCACAUUGGUAUAAUAGAUCCAUACUUCUACAAUUGUCAUAUGCUUUUUAAAAACUUGUUUAUUUUAAACGUCAGGAACUCCAUACUUUAAAAUCAUAUUGAACUCUUGUGCAUGUUAUGUAAACUCAAGUUUGCUUUAAGCAAGAUUCUCCAGUUAAGCAAUCUAAUCUUAUCACUAACUCAAAAAAGUUGAAUUAGAAAUUGGCCCUUUUAUAAAUGACUAGUUUAGGUAUAUUUGACAGGGUGGAAGGAAUACUGAAUGUGGAAUCAUAUAUGGGUUUUCAAAUCCCAUUUGUUAUGAGCUAUGUGAACAUGGGCAAGCUCCUAUUCUCUUAUUUCAGCUCUGAGCACAAUGUAUGUAGGCAUCUACCCUCUCCACUUGGAAGUAUCCAUUAGCAGAUGAGCCACCCAAAUGAACCACAUUUCCUGCCUAACCUUCCCUAGUCUCAUUUCAUUCCUUAUAUAAAUAAAAUGCUAUGAAAAACUGAAUGAAUUAUUAAACACUCAGGUUAAAUUAGGUACAGAUGGCAUAGAUUUUCUUAUUUCUUUACUGUUCUGAAAUUACUUUAAAUCUUGAUAAGUAGAAAGCCUGUCAAUAAUUGUGCCAUAUUAAAUUUCUCUAAGUCAAAAUAGUCUUUUUCCAUGCAAAGUUCUUAUCCCCACUUAACACCAAGCUAUAAAUUAGAUCAAUCUUAUCAGUUUUGAAUUAAAACAGUUCCUUAGGUAAUGGGCAACUAUCUCAAUACUGUAAUUAGUUUUAAAAUAAUUUAUUAAUAUUAGCAACUUCUACAUAAGUUUUUUAGGAACAGAGUGUGGUAAUUUUAUUCCAAGCAUUUCUCAGCUCUAAACUCUUUUGUACGUGAACCUGAUUCAAAAAAAAUUCACGUUAUUUUUACAAGGAAUUUCAUAGAAGUAAAUUCUCAUCUCUAAAAAUUAUUCCAUAGCUUAAUUUAUUAAACACACUGAAAAUCUACAUUUGUAUUUUUAUGUUUACAGUCCAGGGAGUUUUUCCACUAUGAUGCAAUAAGAGCUUCCCACAGCCUUCCUUCCUAAGGGGGUUGCAAAUACUGAAGUGGCAAAUCUGGCUCAUUUAGCUCUCCACUCAUUGUUUUCUCUUUUGCUACUCAGAAUUAAAUGAGCUAACAGUUUCCCAAAGUAAAUUUAAAACAUGAUUUCCUAAGGAGAGUUGGUUAAUCUACUUUUUGGACAGAAACACAGAGAGAACUCCUAGAGAGCUAUAAUUCUUCACCCAACAGAACAUUUACAUGAAAUGGCAAACCUUCCUUUGAAGAUUAAUCUGCAAAAAAAAAAAAAAAAAAAAAAAAAAAAAGCUGCCAUCUAAAAAGUGCAGGAUACUCUCACCUUAUUUUUGGUGAGAAUGAAAUUUAAUGACAGUGAUCACAAAAUAGGUGUUGGAAGGAGCUACUAAGUGUGCAUGUGUUCUUCACAGCACAGCUGCCUCACUUUUUAGCUGAUUUCAGUGUACAAGGAAAAUAUGCAAUGGCUACUUUGUCUUAAAGCAACCAUCCAACUCCACAAAACUCUCUGUAGACCAUAGUUAUUAUACACAUGCAUCAAAAGCCACUUUCUUUUAACAAUAUAUUAUUGAAAAGGGUACUUGUCUAGAUUGUUAGUUGUACCAUUUAAGUAAUGGCACCCCAUUUGUAUGGAUCAGAAUUGCACUAUUAUUCUCAUUAAUAUCACACUGGCACACACAUUGCUUAUCUGUAUUACCCUAAGAUACAACUUUUCUCAGUAUUUCGUUACCUUUUAUUUUACAUUAAUUUAUAUAUUUGUUCUUUACAAAUAAAAUGCUAAAAACAACAAUUUAAAAAAUCCCCAAAACUGAUACCACGUUUUAUGUUAUUUGAAGUUAUAAUUCCAGAUCAUUUUCUUUUUACACAUUUAAGAUGGAAUGAUCCAGUGGCUCUGUCCACUGUCACAGAUUUUUGUUCCAUUCAGUGAUAUGGCACAUCCUCCAAAAUGAACUAAUCACACACACAAAAAAGUUGCACACACAUUAAAAAUAUACGCACGAUAAAGGUAAUUUACACUGACAAAUAAGGAAUGUCAUUUAUUAAGGCUGUGCUUCUUAAAGAGGAAAUUUAGGGUCAAUAGCCUUAAUCAAGGCACAGAGCUGGAAGAGGUGAGCACAGCUGUCUCUAGGAGAGGACAAGAUAUGUACAAUCACUGAUGAGGUAUGCAUGCACGCAAACACAAUUUAAAACUGCUCAGUUGGUCUUUGUAGGAAAAUUGAACAGGUGAAAUGCUGUGCCUUUUUUUUUUUUU